GUGAUGUCUUGAAACUGUUUAUUGUAUGUAUUAUGAACUUUAUUAAAAAAAAAAUUUGUUCCAUAGCUUUAAUUUGAAAGCUAUUGUUGAUGUUGUUCAGGCUAAGUUAGUUAAUUUGUUAUAGUAACACAGGACAGCAAUACUUUCUGCAUUGCCCCCCAUUGAAGUUCGUAUAGAUAAUCAGCCAUGAAUUUGCCAUUUCUUUUGGCAAGCUUGGUUCGCUUACAUUCUUCUAACUUUUUUUUGAACAGGCUUGGUCUGGAGUUUGAUAGAUGAGCAAAUGAAGACAUGUAAAGUGUGAAGAACAAACCUUGGUCUUGCUCUUGUUUUAUUUUCUGUGUCCAUGGAACCAGUUAUACUCUCAGGCAACUAUUUUCCAUUUCAAAUAAUUUGAAAUAAGUUGGAAAGUACUAUUGGCAAUAAUGUUUGAAGCACGGUCGCUUCUCUGUUCUUCUAAGGACACCAAUGAGCCAUCCCAAGAUAAGAACAAGUGUAUCACAACAAGGCAACGUAGUUGUGCUUUUGUAAAUACUCCAUUACUGUGUAUUAACAAAGCUAUUCAUCACAUUCAAGAGUUAGAAGUAAAGAUGGAGAAAUACUUUCAACAGUAUUAUCGUGUGUUUAAGGAGGAGAAAAUGCCAUGGUUGAAUUUUCAAGAUGCUAAUGUAUCUUGUAAAGACAGCAAGACUUUAACCUUGAAGCUAGAAACAGCAGCUUUACUAUUGGAAGUUACUGAGCUAAUUAAGCGACUAGAUGCUGAUUGUAAAGAGGCAGAAAAAGCUUUGGAACAGGAGAAACAGCGAAGGAAAACGCUUUGUAUGAAACUUGAUUGUAUGUCACUUUGGAGGCUUCAGCAGCUCCCUGCAGCCGUGCAAAAAGAAUAUGAAACAUGUACUCAAGAUAUCUUGGAGCUACAAUGGCAUUUUGAUUGUAAAACUCGUCUGCUGCAACAGGUAGAAAACCAAGUACUUAAGAUAGAAACAGUCAACAAAACGAUUCAGGAGGAUAUAGACUUCAUGAAGAAACACAGCCCUCUGCUGGAGGAAAAGAUGAAUCUGGAAGGUGAAGCUAUGAAGGAUGUGUCACUGGCUUAUGGAAAGGCAUCAAAAAUAUACAGUGAUGUUCACUGCGAACUUGUGGAAAUCCAAAAGACAAUGAAAAGAAUUGAUGAAGAAGCUGAAAAGGAGAUAAAAUCUAUAUCUCAGAAAAUUAAAUAUGCUGAGAUGCUGUUUAGUCAAUACAAGAGUGAGUUAAAGCGUUGUGAAUAUAUUUGGACUGAAUACUGUAUAAAGUUAAAAGAAACAGAGGAGAAGAUUAUAAAGGAUGAAAAACACCUUGAGGAGUUAGUGAAGCAAAAAGUAGAAAUCCAGGAAGAUGCAAAAUGCUGGAACAGCAAAAUAGAAGAUUUGAAUGAUAAAAUAGCUGCCCAAGGAAAUGAGAACAUAAAAAUAUCAGAUGCUUGCUCUGAAGUGAUUAAAGCUACUGAAGAAUUAAAAUCCUCCUGGGAAGGUGAUCUACAGACUAUAAAACAAAAGUUGCUCAAUACUCGUGAAGCAUUGAAUGAUUUGAAAUGUGAAAAUGAAGAACUUGAGGGAGAAAAUGAAGAGUUUUUGCAAAAAUCUGCAGAUAGCUCAAGAAAAAAGAAGACAUAUCAAUCAGAAAUAAAAACUGUCUGCAGAAGCAUUCAGAAGAUAGAGGAGCAAGUAAAAAGUCGUUUGGAGGUGAAUAUUAAAAAAGAAAUUCAAGACCAAAAAGGAAUUUGGAAAAUGACUCAGGCCAAGAUUAAAGCAAUAUAUGGUGAGCUAGAGGAAAAACGAAAAGAGAGACUGAAGAAAAGAGAAGAAGAUAUGAAGACAAUAGAAGAGACUGAGAGACCAGUAGCUGAUCUAGAAACAAAAUUUAGAAGAAACAAAGAUAUUUUUAAAGAAAACCAUGAGAAACUCUUGUACUUGGAUCAGAGGGUACAAGAGCUAGAUAAACAGCAGAAGCAAACAGAACAACAACUGGAGCAAAGAAGCACUGUUGUGCAGCAGCAAUUAAAUGAUAUACAGGAAAAAUAUUCAGUUGUUUCCAGUCAAAUUGCUGAAAACUUUCAUACUACUGAAAAUUUUAAAAAUGAACUUAAAGAGUUAAAUGCAUUAUGGAACAUGAAGGAAAUGCAGAUGGAAAAUACCGAAAAAUCUUUCAUUGAUUUGGGGAAAAAUUUAAGUGCUGUGAUGUUUAAGCAGCAAAAUGUUCAGAUAGUGUUUGAUCGUCUCCAGGAUGAGCUAGCAGAAUAUGAAAAAAGAUUAAAGCAGGAAGAAAAAACAUAUGGAGAGUUACUACAGACUAGAAAGAAAAAUUUGAAAGAUUUGGAGCUGAUGGUGAACUUCUUAAUACCAGCUGUUGUCACCUCACCAAUUCCUAAUGAUAGGAAGAAUGCCGUUUAUUGA